GGCAUCAUCAGGCACGCGCACACAAAACGGGGGAGGCUGCAUUAUCUCGGGUGCUAAAACGUCAUUCUUUCACUUCAAACAUCUGCUUUCAGUUCCGUUCACGUGAAAUAUAUCGUCGUCGUCUGAAUGGCGGAGUCUUUACGGAUAUUCUUAUUUUAUCCUUGUCUACAGUUCAUUUUUCUCUCCACUGGUCAUGAAGCUAAACGACAGUUAGCAUAGCAGCGUCGCUACUCCUUGUAACUUGACAACAAAAAAGUGGCCCAAAAAAUUAAACUAUGAAAAAAGCUUCCAAGACCAGAUCUUAGAUGUCUCUAAACCGUUAUAACCAACGAAGCAACGGUGCUUUGAAGGGAACAAGCAGUCCGGGUGCUGCUGAGAAAUAGAAGUGAAAAGGCGAGAGGAGGAGAGCAGCUGCAGUGAAAGAAAACACGGACGUCACUGUUAUGGCAAACGAGCCGGUUAUUCUUAACGUCUAUGAUAUGUACUGGAUCAAUGAGUUCACUACCUCUCUGGGAAUUGGAGUCUUUCACUCAGGAAUUGAGAUCUAUGGCAGAGAAUUUGCCUAUGGAGGACACCCUUAUCCUUUUUCAGGUAUAUUUGAGAUAACACCUGGUGAUGCCACAGAACUCGGAGAGACGUUCAAAUUUAAAGAAGCCAUUGUUUUGGGGAGUACAGACUUCACGGAAGAGGAUGCGGAGAGAAUUGUGGAGGAAAUGGGAAAGGAAUAUAAGGGUAAUGCCUACCACCUUAUGCACAAAAACUGCAAUCAUUUUUCCUCCACACUAUCAGAGAUCCUCUGUGGUCGAGAGAUCCCGCGAUGGGUGAACCGACUGGCCUACUUCAGCUCUUGUGUGCCCUUCCUGCAGAGCUGUCUGCCAAAAGAGUGGUUGACACCAGCAGCACUGCAGUCCAAUGUUAGUCAGGAGCUCCAGGGAGAGCUGGAGGAGGCCGAGGACACUGCAGCCUCUGCCUCAACGCCUUCCAGCGCUGUGGCACCUUUACCCAGACCAACCCGACACCAACCGCGCCGAUGAAACCCUGCUGCCUUGAGUGACAGGCCAUCUCUGUUUAGAGCUGGACCACUGCUCCUGCUGCCAUUGGACCCCCCCAGCCCCCUUUCCUGACAGACUAGCAAUUCACCAGCAGAAUAGAUAAGCCACACCCUCUGUUAACUGAUUAUGGGCCUGGAAACCAUCAGUCAUUUACUGUAAAACCUUGCAUGGGUUUAGAAUAAUUUUUUUUGGCCUUUUAUGUUUUGUUGUAAAAACUCAGGACGUGAAUACAUUUUGAACAAUGCUCUUUUCAUUCACCAAUUUUUUUUUCUUCUAUUUUAUUUAAUGCUUUUCUAAGGGGUCGUUAACACCGAACACAUUUUGUUGUCCAUCAGUGCUGUUUUUAAUUAUUUUUCUAUGUAAACAUGCGCUGGAUGGAUGUCUUUGACCAUUGCAACUCGUUUCGCUGUUUUUUUCAGCAUCUUGCCGCAAGAGCGCCGCGUUUUUAAGAUAACGCGUCAAGUUAAAAGAACUUUAAUUAAUCAAAACACGCUUUGAGACACCUGCAUUUAGUUGCACGUGUUGCAUGAUGUCUAGCUUUUUUUUUUAACUCAAGAAUGUGUU